UUAUUCUUUACUGUUAUUGUACAUUUUUAAAGGCGCCAGUAGCUAAUAAAUCGGAGUUGUUGAAGCCCGCUAAGUUUUCCUUUGCGAAUCACAUUACAUUCAUCCGUGACCUAAAUAUUUGUACCUACUAACUCCUAGGUCAUGUACAACAAUGUAAUUUAGUUUAAUUUUAUCUUCGCAACCGAUAAUGUCCGCAAGUGUUUUAUUCCUUUUUGCGUUAAAUAAAAGCAACAAUGACUAGAUGCGUCCAAAAAUCGGCCUUCUUCAUUCACGUCUGCGUCUGGUGUUCUACAAUUGCCGCCGUUGCUUCGAAAGAUCGUGGAUCGAUAGAAAACGCGGAGAUUCCUUUGAAAUAUAAAUCUGUAAACAUUACGUACGAUGUCGAGAAGAUGAAUCUUGUCGAGGCUGAGGAUUUCUUGAAGCUAUUGGAGCCUUCGAACGACGUUUGUUGGAUUUACUGCUUUUGUACGUCGGAGAAGUGCUUCACUUUUUCCUGUUCGCAUCUAGUCGAAAUAACAACAAAGAUACUGCACGGAAACAAUGAAAAGUUUUACGUCAUCAGUGAAGUGGCUGGUGCUGGUUCGGUGUUCACUAGAUGCGAAACUUUUCCUUUAAAUUUAUCCAAUUCGUCGGAGAAUAGCACGGUCAACAACACUCUCUUCGCCGUCGCGCAGUGCUACACCAACCUCAGGAGCAUCAGCGAGGAACAUUUCGCAUUUCUAUCUCACGACGAAAGGUAAAACAAUCAUUUUUGAACGGACUAC